UGAAUGGAGCGGGGAUCGCGCGGCCUACGGUUAUUGGCACGAGCGCUGAUCAGGUCUGGGGUAAAACCAAAGGAGGACUAGCGUAGAAGCCAUAUAUGAUAUUUCCUAGCCUUGCAUGAACUGUGGCUGAGCAGAGAAAGCAAUCAAAUGUUUGACAUAAGCCUUGCCCUAUCACAGUGUGAGCAAACCGCAGUCAAUACUGAUAUGGAGACACUUGUGAGAGUUAAUGAAUGCCAUGAAAAAAUGGAUGAUUGAUUCUUGACUUCGUUUUAUUUUGCCUCGAGUACUCAAAUUUUUGAGAAAAAAUUGAGGUUGCAAGCGAAAUGGCUAGUCAAGACAGUCCUCUCUCUAUAACAUCCAGCGUCGCAGGAAUAUUAACUUUUGUUGCCGCUAUUGCUGCAGCAAUAUACGUUCGAUUCACCUACUUACGCAAUGCUGACAACGAAUACUUCCAAGUCAAAGCAUCUCUUUCGUGGCAUAAAACUGAAUCACAGUGGCUUCAUGAUUUGGUUUAUGCAUCUGAUGGCCCAAAAGAUCGUUUCGGACAUGAAAAGGAAUAUCAGAUGUAUGUCUCCGUGAUGGAAGAACUUGGAAAACUUGAGGAGAGAUUACUAGAGUUGGUAACAGAAGCCGAACUGAAGGCUAGCCCCGAGGAUGAUCAAGGAAAGAAAUGGGCCUUGGUACCGAGAAGUAUGGCAUUUAGAACGAGUGUAGCCAUGUCGUGGCUACCUGUGAGGAGGAAAGCUUUGGAAUUAGUUAGGCAGAGAGAUGCAUUAGGAGCGAGAGUUUUAUUUGCACAGAUGAGUAUGAUGUCAUCACGAGUUCGAGACCAAGAAUCACAAGCAAAGAAGCAAAAGGAAUUAGACCACGAAAGACUUGGGCGACUGGAAAGCACAGUCCAUUCUCAACACGAGAAGCUAGAUCGAUUAGAGUCUCUAGUAUAUCGAUUGAUGCAUCGUGAUCGGAUUGAGCCUGAGAGCGUUCGACGUUGGGAAGCUCAAAGAAAUGAUACUUUUGGAACCGAUGAUUCUCAGUCCGAAACCCUAGUUGCGACUGGAACGACUACCCCGUUACCAAAAUCAGAAGCCAAAGACCUUGAGCAUUUUCGAACCCCAGAAUUGACGGCUGUCUAGCGGAAAGUUCAAUUAUACCAGUAAAUUUAGUCGAGGAAACAUGACUACUCUGUUCUCGCUUCUGCUCGAUGAACUUGGACCACUAGCUGCUCCCUCGACUGCUCUCUCCGUUUGGCCCACCUUAGCACCUGCACCAGCAAACGGUGCACGACUUUGUCCAGUAAAUUUGAUACACUUUGUAAUUGGCAUUGGAUGAAGAGCACCAGCCAGAACGCGAUCCGUAGUUGGCGCUGGCGCUGGCGAGGGGUAGAUGAACAUCACAUGGAACCUCCUCCCUCCAGCACAGGCCCUCUCCUAAACACUGCCCAAAAUCUCAUUCCUUAACGAUUAAAGGAACGCAUACCCCUUAACCUUCAGAUAGAUAGCACAAAAUGCAACACUAGGUACUGCCCAUAAAAUGUUCAACUCAAUCACCGCCCAAAUCCAGAUAGUCCCUACUGGUGGAGCCUGUUUCAUUGUGGCAAAAUGACCAUAUUCAUUUACAAUGUGUAUAAGAUAACAUCCUGCUAUUAUACUAGCAGCGGAGAAAAAGAUUUCGUGUACAUAAGGAUGUGCCUUGGCAGGUAUUUGAGGUAAUAAAUUCGACGGUUCGGGAUGUGGAUGGAAGGCGUAAAAGAGAAGCCAGAUGACUGUUUGAAUCAGCAAAUAUUCUGCUACGUCCAAAUAUAAUGUAAGACUCACCAGGACAUGCUUGGAGGGUCCUAGAUACUAUACCCUUCCAGACGAUUUCUUCGGCAUAUUGAUGUGUAACCAAUACAUCUAGAGUGAAAUGUAACAUCGUGAGACUGAUUGUCCACAAAACGGAAUCCCCGAGUCUUCCAAUUAGGAUCUCAUCAUUUUCCCCAUCUAAUUCUGCUUGACGUUGUCGUUGAGCUUCACUUAAGUUUCGUUUUUCUGCGAUAUCCAGAAGAGUUUCGAUGGAAGGAUCAGGGCCAGAUCUAUCUGGCUUUUUGAGCUUAAAUUUCUUUUCUUUGCCUGGCAUGAUGUUUGCUGUGCUGUCUCGGAAUGAGUGAUUGAAUAAGGAGGUGUGUUUCGCGGCUUUCAAAAAGAGUAUAAAUACUUGCUAUUCCCUCUGCGAGCCUUGUCAUCUGAGGGUUGUGGAAAAUAGAUGCAAAGUACUUAAAUACGUAUACCGAGUUCCCAAGGCUGAAGAUUUUCAACACAUAAGACGA